UAAACUACUGAUACUCUUUAAUAGUUAAUAGUAUGUCUAUAGUUAUAGAAUACAUAAAAUUAAAUAUUUUAAUAAUUAACUAAUAUUUUAAUAAUAAACUAAUACGUAAAUAUUAGUUUUAUACUGUCCGCGUCCCAUAAAAUUAAACAUAAUGGUUAAAUAAGAAUGUACAAAUAAUAAGAAUAAAAUUAUUUGUACAAGCAAAAGAAUGUAAAAUUCAAAUCACAAAAGGAAAAAAAAACUCAAAACGGUUCGGUUUCGGGUUCACCCGAACCGAAUCAAACCCGCCAGCAUAAAUUUCGGGUUCCAGUACCCGAAACCCACAAAGUACAGUUUCGGGUUGUGUGGCUCGGGUUCGGGUUUUAGGUUUUUCACGGGUUUCAGGUUCGGUUACCCGAUCCGAAUCGAACCAACAGGCUUAGUUGAAAUCAAUUGGUUCUUGACAUGGUAUAAGAAUCUUCUAUAAUCGAGAGAUCUUAUGUUCGAAUUCUGACGAGUAACGACCCCAUUAAUUAAGCGCAUGGUAUUCCAUCAUGUACAAACUUAAACACCAUAUGAGUGACUUUCGUUUAAAGGAGCAUGUUAGUAUAUAUGACAAAAGAUCCAUUAUUAAACCUCUCAAACAACUCGAAUUAUUUGAUACAAACUAGUUCUUGACACACAACGACAAGAUGGACAUGAAAUUUUGAUAUGGAGUCUUGAAAACAUGCAUAUCAUAUCAAACCUAACGUCAAUGACAGAUCCUUAUCUCCCCGUGUUUCUUGUUUUUCGAAUAGCUUUGAUUGAUAAUCACUGUCAUUAUUUUUGGGUUUGUGCAUUUGGCAUGUUUUUUUAUUUGAUAAUUUGACUUGGUGGGAUUUGUGAUGGGUUUGAUCGUGUUGACUAUCAGUGGCAUAUAGGUCUGUUGAACCUGGUUUAAUCGUUGUCGGUUAUGAAACUAGCAUAAACAUCAUUGGUGGCGGUAUGACUUGUAUGGUUGAUUUACUAACUCUAAGUAAAAUGACGUCGUUUUAGUAAACUUGAUUGAUAAAAAAUGAAUUUAUCAUGUGUCUUAUGAAUGUAAAAGUUAAAAGUUGAUGUAAUUUGUUGGAUUCAGGUAUAAACGUUUAGAUAUUGGCAUCAAAUGUUGUAUUUAAAUAUGAGUAUUUGUUAUUUUAUUUAGAAUGUCAUAUUUUAUUAAGUCUACAUGAACUGGCACAAACCUGUUGUACCACUGAUCGUACCAUUUCACUUGCUAAACCGACACAUCGGUAUAAACUGCUUUGACAACCUUGAUAUCCACCCAAUCCGAUCCAAUAAACAUCAACCAGAUUUUGAUUUUGUGAGUAGGUUUUGGUUUAGUGUUCUUGAAAUCGAUAUCUAUGGAUUGAAUGGGGAAAUUAUAGGGGUGUUCAAAUGGUUACCAUGGUAAUUACCAAACCAAAUAAGUAUAAAUACUAUUAACCAUGAAAUACAAUAUCAUAACCAAAUCGUCCAAACUAAUACAACAACCAAAUUAACCAAACUAAAGUUUAAUCGGUUUGGUUGAUUGGUCAACCAAAAUAACCAAUAUACCACCACAUUAUCAUUAAGUGAGAAAAUGUUCUAGUUAGUGCAUCAAUUUGCAAUUUAUAUAAUAAUUAACACAUAACAAUCAACAAAUAAUUAUAGUUAACCUUGAGCAUAAAUACAUCUAACUAAUACAAUUAUCUUACAUUUGACUCUUAACUCUUAAGUGGUUAUGCAAAAGUAUUAAGUAUGUGCGUAUAAUAUAUAAUAUAUAUGGCUAAUUACUUAACUGGUUAAUUUGGUUUGAUUGAUUAGCAAUGUAUGAAACCAAACCAAACCACACCACCUAAACCAAACAAGCUAAACUUUUUAACCAAACCAAACCAAAUAUUCAAAUUAACCAAACCAAAUUAUCCAAAUACUAUCAUUUAAUAUAAUUACCACGAUAACCACACCGUUUGAACUUUGAACACCCCUAGUAAAUUAGCACAAAAUCCACCCAUCGGAUCUACAUAAACCUACCCACCCAAUGGUUCAAAUUCGGUUUGAGAUUUGAUAGAAUUCGGGAACCCGAUAUGCAUAAUUUCGUUUGAUUUGAACCGAACCGACCGAAUGCCCACCCCUAACCCAACCCCUGGAGGGCGAGCAGCACAUAAUCACAGGUGGGCCAAAUCUGGGUAGUUUCGGAAACAAGGAAAAGAUCUAGAGAGAGGGAGAGGGGAAAAAGGCUCAAGAUAGGGUGAGUAACCUUAGGGUGAGUAACAAUGAGUAACCAAAUCUGGACCCUUCUUUUAAGUGGUUGCAGAUCUAAGGAUGAAGAAUUAAAGAAAUUUAUUUUCCCUAGUUUUCUUAAUUGGAUCAUAUCUUCUUCAUUCUAACUCGGAUUUCAAUUUUUUUUUUGCACAGAUGGAACGAGUUCGUUGUGCUCUACAAAAUGAUAUCCAUUUUCAAUAUGUUUUGAGAAAAAAAAAAUUCCAUCCCUCUCGUUACCAACUCCAUACCAUAUGGUAUCUCCUUCGUUGUUUAGUCAUUUUCAGAAAUUUUUGCACAAAAGGAACGAUUUAAUCAUGAUCUAUUGGAUUUCAAAAUUUUCUGGGGGAAAAAAUUACAUACCUCUCGUUACCAACUCCAUACCAUACUAUACCACCCUGGUAUGAGGUGGUAUUUUUCAUACCAUAUGGUAUGUUGUUAUUUAAUACCAGUCAAUACCAUAUGGUAUUGACUAGUAAUAACUGGCAAAUUUUUUUUGUUCAAAAAAAUAUCAAAGUGGAUAUCAUUUUGAAUCGUUACCAAUUCCAUACCAUACUAUACCACCCUGGUAUGAGGUGGUAUUUUUCAUACCAUAUGAUAUGCUGUUAUUUAAUACCAGCAAUACCAUAUGAUAUUGAUUGGUAAUAACUGGCAAAUUUUUUUUGUUCCAAAAAAUAUCAAAGUGGAUAUUAUUUUGAAGAGCACAAUUAAUCUGAUCUAACUGUGCAAAAAAAAAAAAUUCCGAGUUAAAAUGAGUGAGAAAUCAGCCGUUAAAGAUUAAAGGAAAAAAAAUUAAUGAUUUUUUCAAAAGAGAGAAGAAGACGCUGAUGUGAUAGAUUUUUAUUUGCUUAUGCAUGAGGUUAUUUGCCACAAAGUUAAUCACUGAAUUUGCUCGCGGGAAAAAAUGCCGGCUUUUAGCAAGCUGGCAGAUGGGCGUUCCGGAGUUGAGUUCUCAGCCUCCCUGGUUUUGAUUGUUGGCUGGCGGGAUCGCCAUGGCCUCGUAACAGCAUUAAACAUAAAAAACUCCGCCAAAUAUUUUAUUUUCAUUUAAUUUUAAUUAUUUCCUCACGCAUUUAAAUAUUGGAAUUUCCAUUUUUCCUCAGCUAACAUUUCGUCGCAGCGGUGCAGUUCCUUUCCCCCUCUUUUUUAUUUUUGCUCCUUCGCCAUCACCACCAACCAUCGUCACCUGAUUUCUGUUGACUCUCCUGGGAAGGUGCUUUCUAGGGUUUUCGGCUGCUGCUGCUGCUGCCGCUCGGCGCCAAAACCACCAAAAAUAGAAAAUGGCUUUCUCCAGUCUCGUCAGAUCCGCCGCCGCCGCACCUCUCGCCGAUGCAGCUUCCCGAUCCACCCUCUCCCCUUCCUUCUCCUGCGAUCGCAUCAAGGUUUUUAGCGUUGGCUUCCCUUCAAAGGGCGUCUUCGGUACCCCGGUUCCAACUACCACUUCUUCAUUCCAGACGCGCAGUGGAAGAAGUAUUCAGCCCAUCAAAGCCACAGCUACUGAAAUUCCUCCCACUGUUCUGAAAUCUCGGACAGCCGGGAGGACAAAGAUUGGGAUCAAUGGGUUUGGUCGUAUCGGAAGAUUGGUUCUGCGUAUUGCCACAUCUAGGGACGAUGUGGAAGUGGUGGCAGUCAAUGAUCCUUUCAUUGAUGCUAAGUACAUGGCUUACAUGCUCAAGUAUGAUUCUACUCAUGGAGUUUUCAAUGGAUCCAUCAGUGUUGUGGAUGAGUCUACCUUGGAAAUAAAUGGAAAGCAACUCAAAAUCUCUAGUAAGAGGGACCCUGCAGAUAUCCCAUGGGGUGAUUUAGGGGCUGAAUAUGUAGUUGAAUCUUCUGGAGUCUUCACAACUAUUGACAAGGCUGCAUCUCACAAAAAGGGAGGUGCUAAGAAAGUGGUCAUAUCGGCUCCCUCUGCCGAUGCGCCAAUGUUUGUGGUCGGAGUCAAUGAGAAGACAUACCAGCCAAACAUGGAUGUUGUUUCUAAUGCCAGCUGCACAACAAACUGUCUUGCUCCGCUUGCCAAGGUUGUUCAUGAGGAGUUUGGUAUUCUUGAAGGGUUGAUGACAACUGUUCAUGCAACUACAGCUACCCAAAAGACAGUAGAUGGUCCAUCGAUGAAAGAUUGGCGUGGGGGCCGUGGAGCUGGUCAAAAUAUCAUCCCAAGUUCUACUGGUGCAGCAAAGGCUGUUGGAAAGGUACUUCCAGAGCUCAACGGAAAGCUUACCGGAAUGGCUUUCCGUGUGCCAACACCUAAUGUCUCUGUUGUGGACUUGACUUGCCGGCUUGAGAAAGGUGCAUCAUAUGAUGAUGUGAAAGCUGCUAUUAAGUAUGCAUCUGAGGGGCCAUUGAAGGGUAUUCUUGGAUAUACUGAUGAGGAUGUCGUUUCCAAUGAUUUUGUUGGUGACUCAAGAUCAAGUAUAUUCGAUGCGAAGGCUGGGAUAGGGUUAAGCAAUUCCUUCAUGAAGCUGGUGUCUUGGUACGACAAUGAGUGGGGAUACAGCAACCGCGUGCUGGACCUCAUAGAGCACAUGGCACUGGUGGCAGCACAGAAGUAAGAUGGUGUUAGAGAGGGGAGGUUCUCGGCUGUAAUUGCUCAUGCUGCUGUGUUGUUGGUCGAAGGAUAGUAGUUUGGGAUUUGGUAGUGGUUUUCUUCCAUUUUGACGUGAGAGUUUUCUUUUUGUUGUUGAUUUCAAUGUCAAAGGCAAAAAUAAUUGUGUUGAAUUGAACACAUAUUGACGUCAGUCAAGCUGGGACUGGCACAUACUCUCUCAAUGUACGAGAAUUGAAGCAUGGUGAACUGAGUUAGCCUCCUUGCUUCGGUCUAAUUUGCUCUACAGCUUAUAUUAUUAUAUGAAAUGCCAUACUGAUUCAGGAGUUAAUUUGUUCGCAUUAGACUUCUGCUUCAUCGGGGCAAAGUAGGUUGGCUCUUGAGUCUUGAGUAUUGGUCUGUUAAGAGCCACAACAGAUACAUUUAUGUCAUGUCAGCCCUGUUUGAGCUUCUGAACUUUCACAAUCAAGAAAUAUGCCACGCAGCCAACUUCUGUAACUAGCCCAAGGGUUAGAGCAUCAUCGUGAUUCGUGAAGGUGAUCUUCGAGACCCACAUUCGUGAAGACAAAGAGUUGGUUAGCUUUUGGAUUAUCUAACUUUGUAACCUUAAUCGCUAACUUAGAACCUAUUACUACACACACUGAAGUUGAUUGAACCUAUAAACCGGACGAAGGAAGGGACUUAUAUCAAUGGAAUGAAUGCUUAUCAAUAGUAUGAUAAGUUGAUAACUAUUAUUUUUUUGUAAACACUGAUUAAAUCUAAUGACUAUUCGUGGAGCGGUUUUCGGUUUCUCUGGGUGACGGUAUUGCGGAAGUGGUUAAAAAGGAAUUUGGGCUUAUAAAGUAGGUUUGGUCUUUCUAAAAAGCGACAUCUCAGCCGUAGAAUUUGAUAUCCAAGAGCAGGUAAAACAUGACACAAAUUAAUAUAUAUAAAUAUAAAAUGUAGUUACUGUUGAUUUCUUACUGUUCACUAAGAAAUCAACUAAUGUCAA